CACGUUAGGAUAGUUCAAAACCCUCUUCCGCCUCCCGAAACCCAAACCCCCUGUAGCUUUUCGUGGCGGCUGACACUCUGCCCGUUUGUCCCCCUAGAUCUCGUCUAACUCUCCUAUCUAAACCUUUUUGGAUUAGACUUCCAAGGUCGCCCCUUUCAAAGAUCUGGUCAUGGCCGCCGUUGCUCCUGCUGUAGAUCAAGCUGCAGAUUUGCUGCAGAAGUUGUCCAUGGAUUCCCAGACUAAGACUCUGGAAAUUCAAGAGCCCACCAAGAAGCCUUGUGUUGAUACGGCUGACAACAAAAAUGGUAAGAUCCAGUCAUUUGAUCGGUCCAUGACACCUUCGCCGCCAGAUUUUAUGGAUCCGACCAUGUGCUAUGUUGCCAACAGUUAUCCUACUGCCUAUUAUUAUGGUGGCUAUGAUGGGACUUGUGAUAAGUGGGACGACUACUCCAGAUUUCUGAGUCCGGAUGGAGUGGAGAUGACUCCUGGAGCUUAUGGGGACAAUGGGUCGCUUAUGUAUCACCACGGCUAUGGUUAUGCACCCUAUGGCCCAUAUUCACCAGCUGGUUCCCCAGUUCCGACUGUGGCACAUGAUGGCCAGCUUUAUGGAGCUCAGCACUACCAGUAUCCAACUCCGUAUUUUCAACCUCCAACUCCAACUAGUGGACUAUAUCCUAGUCCAGCUGCUCCUCCCAAAGGUGAGAUUUCCACCUCUGCAGCUGCUGACCAACUGCCUUUGUCUGUGGAAACUGCUAACGGGAAUUCCAACGGCAUUGCAAAUAUUGGGGGCAUCAAGGGAAAUAAUGGUUCAGCGCCAGUAAGACCAACAUAUCAGAAUUCAUCAUUUAAUACAAGUGGCUCCUAUGGAAGGGGAGCAAUACCAGGAGGAAUAGUGUCUUCUGGUUAUCAGGAUCUAGGAUUUGGUUUUGAUGGGUUGCGGUCUCCGAUAACAUGGGUAGAUGGCUCCAUAUUUUCAGAUGGGCAGCCUGGGCAUGUGAAAAGUGCUUCUAUCACCUCACCAACUGGGGGAUACUCAUUAUCAAGGAAUCAGAAUCUCCGUCCAAAUUCUCAUCUCAUGCAGGGUUUGCAACAUCCAAGGCUGGUGCCUGGCAUGAGCACAGCUAAUGGAUAUAUAAAUAGGAUGUACCCGAACAAAUUAUAUGGGCAUUAUGGGAACACUUUCAGAUCUGUUCUGGGUUCUAAUGGUUAUGAAUCACGAACAAAUGGACGUGGGUGGUUGGCUGUUGAUAGCAAGUAUAAGCCUAGGGGACGAGGCAAUGGACUCUUUGGUUAUGGCAAUGGGAACAUGGAUGGUUUGAAUGAGUUGAAUAGGGGCCCGAGAGCCAAGAGCUCUAAGAAUCAAACGGGGUUUGCACCUGUUGCCUUGGCAGUCAAGGGGCAGAAUAUCCCAUUGGCAGGCACUAAUGAUGAUGAGAAGGAAAAGUCGAGUGCAAUUCCUGAUCGUCAGCAAUAUAACCGAGCAGAUUUUCCCGAGAAAUAUACUGAUGCUAAGUUUUUCAUUAUUAAGUCAUACAGUGAGGACGAUGUCCAUAAGAGCAUCAAGUAUAAUGUGUGGGCCAGCACUCCGCAUGGUAAUAAGAAGCUUGAUGCAGCAUACCAGGAGGCUCUGCAGAAGCUUGGUGACUGUCCUAUAUUUCUUUUCUUCUCGGUCAAUACUAGUGGGCAAUUUGUUGGUGUUGCGGAGAUGGUUGGGCCAGUUGAUUUCAACAAGAAUGUGGAGUAUUGGCAGCAAGACAAGUGGAUUGGUUGUUUCACUGUUAAGUGGCACAUGGUGAAGGAUGUACCCAACAGUUUGUUGAAGCACAUCACCCUUGAAAACAAUGAGAAUAAACCUGUCACUAACAGCAGGGACACUCAAGAGGUCAAGUUGGAACAGGGACUUCAAGUGCUCAAAAUUUUUAAGGACCAUUGCAGCAAACAAUGCAUCCUGGAUGAUUUUGACUUCUAUGAGGAUCGCCAGAUGAGGAUCCUGGAGAAAAAGGCUAAGCAACAGCAUUUCCAAAAACAGGCACGGGAAGGAAAGCCCACUGUUGAAAAAAACAAAGAUCUCACAAUUGGGGAACUCAAAUUCCAGAAGUCAUCAGAAGUUGCCUUAGACUUGGUCAAGGAACCUACAGCCUCCAUUCAGACUAAUGGUGAUAUUAAGCUUUCAGCAAAUGGAGCAGUUGUAAAAUCUGGAGAUGCUCCAAAGGGUGCAAAACCAGUUGCAGUUUCCGAGAAUAAAGUUGUGGCAAAUGGGGUUGCAAAUGGUUGCUAGCUUAGAACUACUUUUGGUCGGAAUAUCUGCCGGGCUAGAUUUGAAGCAAAUGCUUGGAUAAUUUUCCUUGAGCAAUUGGACUACCCCAUUGGAUCUGCCUUGCUUGCUUUAGAGAUGGAUUAAGGGAAACAAAAGGUGUGCAAGCCACUUCAAAGAUUUAAUUAAAUGCAAUGCAGGCUCUGCUCCUUCUAGGAAUCUGAGAUAUUAAGCCCCAUUUUUCCUCUUCAUGGGCAGUUUAGCCACUAGUUAGCUUCUUGUAGGGUUUAUACCCUUGGGGAUUUGGUUUAAGUUUCCCUUUUUAUUUUUUAGUGCUGUUUUUGUUUUUUCUCCUGUGGCUUUAAGCAAUAGGGUACCUUUAUUAAUAGUUUGGUAUUAUCAUCUUGCCUUGGAAAGCUAGACCUUUAGCGUGGGUAGGGUCGGUUUUGUACUUAUAGGAGAACCUAGCAUCAAGGUGGGAAAGUGUUGCAAUAUAGUUGAUUUAAGAAGGAUUUCAUAGUUUUAUUUGCUGGUUCUAGUGUGGUUUUUAUUGAAUUCGCUUCAAGUUGAUAAAAUUUGAUCUUUUUAGUAUUGUAG